AAAGAAUUCCAUUGUUAAGGCUGCUGAACGAAACAACUCCUUAAAAGAGGAAACCUAUAUUAACAUUGCAUUCGUCUCAGGAGGUUUUGGGGCGAUUAUAUUCUUGCUGAUUUUUAUAUACAUUUGCUGCAAUCUAAUUAUAUCACCUAUCCAAUGCAAAUAUGGAUCUUUUUGGUAUAGAUUAGUUAAUAUUUCGUAUCGAAAGAAACAAACAUUUUCGCAAAGCCAAUCAAGAAGACCUGAUUUGAUAAUGAAACCCAUUUUAAAACCCUUGUACAGGAAAAGUACAUCAAAUGGAGAGGAUGCCAAUAAAGCUAGUAAAAUAUUAAUUCCCGACGAAAGAUUCAAUUAUCAAGUUUAUUUUGCCAGAGAUCCCUACGUUAAAAGACGAUCAUAUCCCAUUAUCAAAAUUCAAGGAAAUUAUUCUAUAAAUAGCGCCGUUACUCCACGCGAUUUACUAUCUUAUGAUAACAAGAUAAAGUGCUUUUCCAUGAUCUUCAAUGAGAAAUACAGAAAUCAUAUAACGCUUACCACUACUAAUCGAGGCAUAAUAAAUGACGAUAAAAAUUAUAUAUUUUUAUUCUCUCCCAUUGAUAAAAUCAUAAGUUUUUUACAAUUGGGCAAAAAGAAAAUUUCAAGAGCUAUAACUCAUAAAUCAUCUAAAUACCCUGCAAUAAGUGGAAUCUUUAAUAUUAAAAUGGAUGGUAAAUUUUUAUCUAAAUUACCAGCAAUAAUGAAAGACAUCGAACAUGAUUAUUGUAUGUCGGAGCUGAUAACUGAAAGUACGGAUAACAUGUACGGCAUUAACAUUAAUGGCUCUAGCCCAGAUCUUAUCUCAUCAAUAGCUGAACUCCAAAACCAUGUAAAAUUUUUUAACGACAAUACAAGACGAUUAAGCAGAAGCGAACCACUUUUAUUUUAAUAUCUUGGAUAAUAUUUGGAAUAGCAAGAUAUAAUGAAACAUAACUUUAUCUUCCCGAUCAAUUACACCAAAAUAUUUUUCCUGAUCAUAGUAUCAUUCCUAACUACGCAUUGUUUUGAUAUUCCAUCAAAAUAUCUUAUAUGGUUCCAAAAUAACACGAGAAUUUUUAAUAACGAUCUAACACCUGGUAUCUGUGACAAUUUACACCUUGAUGGGAUAACAGGAAUGAAAUAUAUUGAUAAUGUUUUUCCAAAAUUUAAGCUUUCAAAAAAAUCCCUAGUUUACCUGGGAUACAACCUCGGAAACAAUCAGGUAAGCUUAACUUUGAUUUUGAAAUUCAGUCACUACCUAACUAAUACAAAUACAUCUGACUUAAAGUCAAUUGAAAUGUGGAAUUUUUUAAAUCAAAACUAUGAAGAAUUCACUUUCUUGAUUAAAAGCGAUAUCAAAUUAACGGCUCCCAACACUAGCAAUGAAACAUAUAUUGAGAUCUUAGAUUUAAAAAACAGAGCCAUAACACCUACAAAAAUAAGUUUUUUAUCGAAAAAUGGAUUAAUUAACAUAGUUCAAAGAAGUAAUAAACUUCAUAUAGGCAAAAGUGCCUAUAAUUCCUUCUUACUAUUUCAAAAUGGAUUUCGUUUAAAAGCUUACACCAAACACAAUAUUGUCAUACCUUUAAAACUCUGUAUCAUAAAGAAUGACAAAGUAAUCAUUAAUAAAGGAGACUCUUAUGAUAUAAAUAAAAGUAAUAAAGAAACCUUGAGAAUGGCAUGUCCCAACUCAUUUAUUGUGAAGAAUUUAACACAAGCUCGCGUAUCCAGCAAUAUUUGUGAUAACUUUUUUGAUGGAAGGAAAUAUAAAAUGAUUUACCUUUACGAAAUUUUCGAUGACAAGGAAUUGCCUUCCCUAUCUAAGAUUAAGAACACUAAAAUUAAUAUGACCGCCAUAGAUGUUUCUUAUGGAAUUAAAUUGCAAAUUACCAUGAUGAACUCAGAAGUUACAAACGAUAAAUUACGAAUAUUUGCUUGGUUCGACAAAAGAUCUGAAAAAAAAUUGAGCUUUGGAGGAAUAAAGAAUCAAGAUUAUAUAAGUGAGUCUGCAAUAAAUGGAACAUUGAUUUUGAAUAUACCUGUGGCCAUUUGUAAAAGGUCUAAAUGCAAUUCUAGUUCCAAAGUGUUAUUAGCUCAUGGAUAAGUGAUAAGAAAGGUGCCUUAUUCCUAUUAAAUAUUGACAACCAUUAUUAAUUUAAAUUAUAGGCAAGCAAACUAUGGAUCUUUUAACUAAUACUAAAAUAUUUAUUCAAUUAUUUUUCUCAUGAAUUACAUUUAUUUGCUUACGAAAUUAAUUUUGUCAAAAAUUUUAAACCAUACUAUUAUUACUGUAAAAAUAAAUUC